GUCAAAGUGUUCAAUCCACCCAGCGAUGCGGGACCAUCAAGAUUACCGGCAAGCCAACCAGAAGAUCCUAAACCUACGCCAUCCGAACUAAAGCAAGCGUUUGCCAGUCAUAUCGAACAAAGGAACGGACCUGAUGCUCCAUUGAUGACAUCUGCGAUGCGUGAAAGGGAAGCGAUAAAAAAUGGAACGCAAAAGAAAGAACGUGUUGAAACUCGAAUUCGAAUUAGGUUUUCUGAUCGAACGAUGUUAGAAGGAACAUUUUCGAGUACGGAUAAGAUUACGGUUGUGUACAGAUUCCUGAGAGAACAUCUUGCUACGCAAUAUAAAGCAAAACCAUUCACACUUUAUCAAACACCACCUAAAAGAGAUUUCCCCGAACAAACAAAAGAUCCAAAAAUGCAAGGGAAAACGUUGAAAGAGUUGGGUUUGGUUCCACAAGCUUCUCUCAAUAUUCGUUGGGAAGAUGUUUCGAUGAAUUCAAACUCUUUCCCUGCUCCAUUGGAACCUUCACUGAAAGGAAAAGCAGAGAAUUUACCUGCUCCGAAAUCAUUUGAAGAAUCAAGUGGUAGCAAAUCAAGCGGAAAGUCAGACGGAGACAAGAAAAUAUUUCCAAAAUGGCUCAAGGGACUUUCAAAGAAGUAA